AGUUUCCGCUAAUCGGUUUACUCGUUUUGUUGUUGGCGUAUCCACGAAGCAUCCAAACCACUGCAAUUUUUUUCCCCUCUUUUGCCAUUUUCGAAGAAAGUAACUUCGAAAACCCUAACCCUAGCCCCAGCUUCACCCAAGUCUUGGAUUCGUUUCGCUUUCCUCGUUGAAUUUCUCGUUUCGAAAUCGAUGGCGGCUAAACCACUUACAAGUGAAGCAAUUGCACUCACAGAAAAGAAAAUGGAUAUGACGUUGGAUGAUAUCAUUAAAAUGUCAAAAAAUUCAACUAAAGCCAAGAAGCAGCAAAGGGCUCCGAUUAAAAGUCAGAAACCUGUGAAUAAUGCUGCAAAAGAGAAGGCUUUGAAGGUGCAACAGUAUAUGGACUCACGGUCCUCUCUUAGACAGGGGGUUCUCGCGCAAAGAAGGUCAAAUUUCCAGGGGAACCGAUUCCCUUUGGCAGCUGAGGCCGCACGUAGGGCUGCAAUUGCCCCAAUUCGGGUUAGAGCUUUUAAUGGUAGCAGGGUGGCUAAUAUGAAUAAACCAAGCAGGAUUGGAGCACCACCCGUCCAAAGGAGGGCUGUAAAUGGAGGCUUUGCUGCAAAGCCACAUCAGCAGCAGCAGCAGCAGCAGCAGCAGCAGGAGCAGCAAGGAAAUGUAGCAACUAAGCAAAGGCCUCAGACGCUGGAUUCGCUGUUUGCCAAUAUGAAGGAACAGCGAAUGAGGGUGUUGUCACGUCAGCACAAUACUGCACAACGCAAUGGUGGUGGCCGGCAAAGAAUGCCUUGGGGAAGGGGCCGGUUCGGCAACUGAUGUGCGUGAGAUGUAUCCCUUUAGGAGAAGUGUAGAGCCCUCUUCUAUCCUGUCAUUUCUGCCUACUACGUGGAUGCUAAUCUGAGGUUGCUUUAUGCUGGCUUCUUGUCUUCAACAUUUGCUAUCAACUUGCUCUUCUAGCUUUCUAUGUGAGAAUGUGACAAUUCAGUUGUACUUUUUAGGUUCUGCUGAACUAGCGAUGUAUAGUAGUGUUCUUUCAAUUGCUAUUGGUUCUUCGAACUGUGCCUCUUGAGCACUUGGGGAAAUGUAAUGGUGUUUUUAGGCAAUGAAACAUCCAUUCCAGAACAUCAUCUUCUAA